GCUAUAGCGACCACUUCCUGCUCCACGUCGCGGCUGUCAUGGCGGCGCUGGAGGAACCCUCGGCUGGUGGGCCUUCGGGGCCUUCGGACUUGGAGGAGGCCAGCCUCCUGGCCUGGCUGUUCCGCGGGCGAGGGCAGGCCCCGUCUUCUUCUCCUUCGUCGGGAGAGGAGGCCUACCUGGGGCGGCUGUCCGGGCUGGGCCUGGAGGCGCUGCGGAGGGAGCCCGGGCGCCUGGCCGAGGAGCGGGCCCAGCUUGGCGCCCAGACGCGCGCCCUCGCCUUCGCCCACUACAAGACCUUCAUCCGCUCCGCCGAGUGCACCGCCCAGACGCGCAGGGGCUUCGCCGGCACCGAGGCCGGCCUCGACCGCCUCCUCGCCCGCCUCCCGCCCUUCGCCCACAGCUGCCGGAACUUCAUGCGGGAGGCAGAGCAGAUUGCGCAAAGCCGCCGGAUGAACAACCUGACCCUGAACCGCCACACAGAGAUCUUGGAGAUCCUGGAGAUCCCUCAGCUGAUGGACACCUGCGUCCGCAACGGUUACUACGAGGAGGCCCUGGAGCUGGUGGCCUACGUUCGCCGCCUGGAGAAGAAGCACGCCUCCAUCCCCGUCAUCCAGGGUAUUGUGGCCGAGGUGCGCCAGUCCUCCCAGCUGAUGCUGACCCAGCUGAUCCAGCAGCUGCGUACCAACCUCCCACUGCCUGCCUGCCUUCGUGUCAUUGGUUACCUGCGCUGCAUGGAUGUCUUCACGGAGGCGGAACUGCGCGUCACCUUCCUUCAGGCUCGAGAUGCUUGGCUACGCUCCGUCCUGGCUGCCAUCCCUGAGGAGGACCCUUAUGUCCACGUGACCAAGACCAUAGAGGCCUGUCGCGUUCACCUCUUCGAUGUGGUCACCCAGUACCGGGCUAUCUUUGCCGACGAGGAGCCGCUGGUCCCGGUCCCCGGGCAGCAGGAGGCCUUGGGCGAGGGGGCCCUCUUCCACGGCUGGGUCCUGCAGAAGGUUUCUCAGUUCCUUCUGCUACUGGAGCACGAUCUGCAGCGGGGAGCCGGCGGCCGGCUGGACUCCUUGCUGGGGCAGUGCAUGUACUUUGGCCUCUCCUUCAGCCGUGUGGGGGCUGACUUCCGGGGCCAGCUGGUCCCCAUCUUCCAGCGAGCGGCACUCCUUGCCUUCCAGAAGGCUGCACAAGAAGCUGCCAGCAGGUUCCAAGAGGAGAUGGACUGCUACACGCUGGUUUCGGUUCCGACUGCCCUGGGCAGCACCCUCCCUGCCCCUCCUAUGGGGCAGGCUGCCCAGCCAGGGACCCUUCAGCCCCCCAUGGGACUCCUGGACUUCCCGCCCCUGGCCUGCUUCCUUAACAGUAUCCUGGCCGCUUUCAACGACCUGCGCCUCUGCUGUCCUGUGGCCCUGGCUCCGGAGGUGGCUUCAGCCGUGGAGGAAGUGCUUCUCCAGGUGGCCAAGGUCAUCCUGGUCUUCCAUCGGGCCGAGUCCAUGGCCUUCAGCAGCCGAGAGCAAGAGCUUUUCGUUCAGUUCUGCACCGCAUUCCUGGAAGACUUGGUGCCCUACCUCAACCGCUGCCUCCUGCUCCUCUUCCCGGCCGCACAACUGGCACAGACACUGGGCUGGAACGAAGCGGGAGAAGAGUCCUCCUGGGAGGCCAGCGGGUGGGCAGCUCGCAUCGUGCAGCAUGAAAUGGACCAUCUGCAGGGAGUCCUCUACAUCGACAGGAUGGAGAGCAGGACCUUCACCAACGUGUGCUGGGCGGAUGUCCGUGAGUGACUGGAGGUGGGUGGAGGCAGCCCUUUUUGCCCGGACUUUGGGUGUCUGGACGCAAUUGAGAAAAGGGGCAGCAGAAGGAGAGACUGACCCUUACCCUUGAGUUCUGAAGUAAGUAGGGGCGAUGGCAGGACGUCCUGUUGAAGCAAUAAACCCUCAGUGAGACUGCAAGUUAAGCCUGGUGGGGGUCACACAGCAAUGCCCAUAAACCAUAGCAGUGGGGUGGACUGGCUUUUGAGUCACAGCUCAAGCCCUUGGAAGAGCCAAAUGGCGGUCUGGGCUGGUUCUGAAAAGACACUUCUAACAGAGUUAGCCUGCGCACAUUUGCAUGAACGCCUGGCAGGUUAUAUGCAAGGAGGAAAAAUCUAGGCUUCCUUUGCAAAGCCCUGCGGGGGAACCUAAUAAGGUGACAGUUACUUUAAAGCAGGCAUGGGCAAACGUCAGCCCUCUGGGUGUUUUGGACUUCAACUCCCA